AUGACCGUACACGCUCCAUCAACCGCCAAGCUGAACGGCGACACGGGCGCUGCUCGUCCGAUCCCGCUCGACCAGUUCGACAGCGUCUUUGGCUCUCUCAUCGAGCUCUCGUCGGAAGCACUCGGUGGAAAGGCGGUCGACGUAUCGGAUGAGUUCUUCUGUGCGGCGCAGAACCUCCUCAAAGUCCCGCCCUCGGUCAGCAUGAAGGGCCAGUUUGGACCGAACGGAGCGCUCUUUGACGGCUGGGAGUCGAGGCGGCACAACCCUACUUACGACUGGACGAUCAUCAAGCUUGGAGCGUUAGGAAGCAUUGUCGGCUGCGACGUCGACACUGGACACUUCAGCGGAAACGAGUCACCCGCGAGCGGUGUCUGGGGUGCGUGCGUGCCGGAAGGGGAGAGUAUCAAGGAGGAUUCGCCUCUUUGGACCCCUCUUCUUCCCGUCACUCCCCUCGGACCGGCUCAGCGCCACCUCUUCCUCCUCUCGCACCCUUCCUCGCCCGUCACACACCUCAAGCUCACCAUGCACCCCGACGGCGGCCUGGGCCGCUUCCGCGCCUACGGCCAUGUUAUCCCCCCUCCUCCUCCCGCGAAGCCAACAGGCGAAGCGGUCGACCUCGCCUACGUCUUGAACGGCGGAACGGUGACGGGCGAGAGUGAUCAACACUUUGGGAGGGGCGGGAACUUGAUCCUGCCUGGGAGGGGGAAGGAUAUGGGCGAUGGAUGGGAGACGAGGAGGAGCAGGGGAAGGCUUGGGACGGGCAAGGGGGACUGGGUGGUCGUCAAACUCGCCGAGCCAGGUUAUCUCGAAUGGGUUGACAUCGACACCCUGCACUUCGUCGGCAACUUCCCCAACUCUGCCGAGCUCUACGGCAUCAUCUCAAGCGAAACAGACGCUGGCUGGACUCGGAUCCUCGACAACACCAAGCUCGGUCCGCACCGACACCACUACUACCAGCUGUCGCAUCCGGACAAGGCUUGGACGCACGUCCGCCUCGACAUCCACCCUGACGGCGGCGUCAAGCGAUUGCGACUGUACGGGCGCCCAAAGAGCCAGUACCCCAACUACAGCGCCCUCCUCCCGCUUCCUCACCCUGCCGAGUCCGAGAAGACCGUCAACGGCGCUCCCAACGGCGUUUCCGCUUCCUACACUUCUUCAUCCUCUCGUUCCGUCCCCAAGAUCCCCGCGGUCCCGCUCACGCCCUCCGCCUUUGCGCCCUACGGCUCGGUUAUCCAGUCGUACCCAGACGAGCGAUCCGCGCCGAAGGAGAUCAAGAUCAAGACUGUGAACUUUGGCACGGCUCGCAAGUUCAAUCACUUGGCUCCCGUGGAAUACGUCGCUCCGCCCGCCGGUCGUUUCGGAGGAAAGGACGUCCCCGAGGGACAGGUCAACUUCUGCGUCUUCCGCUGCGAGCCGCAGAAUGGCGUGAGGAGGAGCGAGGCGGGGAAGCAGCAGUGGGAUGUCAAGGUGCUCGAGCGGCAUGAGUUCAGCACGCAGGCGUUUGUGCCGAUGGGAGGAGCGAAGGAAGGAGAGGGCAAGUACCUCGUUCUGGUGGCGCUGCCGGGUCCUGACGGCCAGCCCGACCUCUCGACCCUCCGCGCCUUCAUGGCCUCGCACGCACAAGGCAUCUCGUACCACGUCAACGUCUGGCACCACCCGCUCAUCUCGCUCGGCGACGACAAGCAGGACUUUGCGUGCGUCGUGCACGAGACGGGCGUGCCGGAGGUCGACUGCGAGAUCAAGUGGUUCGAGGAGGGAACUGUCGCGGUCGUCGAGGAGGUCUAA